CAUGUUUCAUUACGACGUUCAUGGUGGUUUAUAGUUGAACUAGUAGCCAGAGCGGCUAGAGUUGUUUAAAGUGGAAAAAUUGUUUAUUUCAUAUUAGAGUAAAUAUGGAGACAAUUUUGGAGCAACAACGUCGUUAUCACGAAGAGCGGGAGCGUUUAAUGGACGCAAUGGUUAAAGAAAUGCUUCAUAAAAAGCCUGGACAUCGUGAAAACAUCAAUUCAGAGCAUCGUCUGAAAAUGUUACUUGAUCAAUUUACAGACAGUACAGUGCAUCUUCAAGAUCUUUAUGAAGACAAAGAUGGGCAGAGAAAGGAAGAGGUACAAGCACUUUCUGGUCCGAAUGAGUUCUCUGAAUUCUAUUCACGCUUGAAGUCUAUAAAGGAAUUUUAUAGACGACAUCCUAACGAGAUAAGUGUACCAAUGUCAGUGGAGUUCGAGGAGUUAGCCAAAAUGCGUGAGAAUCCAACAGACGAUCUAGCUAAUCUUGUUGAGUUUACAGAUGAAGAAGGAUAUGGAAAAUAUCUUGAUCUUCAUGGAUGCUAUGAAAAAUAUAUUAAUCUCAAAGGGAUUGAAAAAAUUGAUUAUAUUACAUAUUUAUCAACGUUUGAUCAUUUAUUUGACAUUCCUAGAGAGCGCAAAAAUGCAGAUUAUCGUGCUUACAUAGAAUUACUGCUGGACUACUUGACAGAUUAUUUGACCAGAGUUAGACCUUUGCAUGAUUUAAAUUCAGAAAUUGAAGAGGCUGUUAAAGAUUUUGAAGUACAGUGGGAAACUAAUUCAUUUCCUGGAUGGCCAAAGGAAACAGGGAGUGCUUUGACUAAUGUUGGAGCUCAUCUUGAAUUGUCAGCAUUUUCUUCCUGGGAGGAGCUAGCAUCUCUUGGAUUAGAUAGAUUAAAGUCUGCAUUGAUGGCACUUGGCUUAAAAUGUGGUGGUACACUUGAAGAACGUGCACAAAGACUCUUCAGUACAAAGGGUGAAGCUUCACUCGAUCCAAACUUAUUAGCAAAAAAUAAACACAGAAACUUCGGCAAAGGUAAAGAUACUGAAAAACAAAAAGAGAUAGCAAUGCUUGAAGCACAAGUAUACAGACUUGCUGAACUUGUAUCCACACAACGUGUGGCAACGAAAGAAAAUGUACAGAGGAAACAGGCACGAACAGAAGGUGAGCGUGGAGACUCUGAUGCUGAAGCUAGUGCAAGUGAAUCUGAAGAAGAAGAUGAUAACGAAGUUCCAUAUAAUCCAAAAAAUUUACCACUUGGUUGGGAUGGUAAACCCAUUCCCUAUUGGUUGUAUAAGCUGCAUGGACUGAACAUUAGUUACAAUUGUGAAAUCUGUGGAAACUUUACAUAUAAAGGACCAAAGGCCUUUCAAAGACACUUUGCAGAAUGGCGACACGCACACGGUAUGCGUUGUUUAGGCAUUCCGAAUACAGCACAUUUUGCUAAUGUUACACAAAUCGAAGAUGCUCUUGCUUUGUGGGAGAAAUUAAAAGCACAAAAACAAGCGGAACGCUGGCAACCUGAACAAGAAGAAGAAUUUGAGGAUUCACUUGGUAAUGUUGUAAAUCGAAAGACCUACGAGGAUCUAAAACGACAAGGACUUCUUUAAAAUAAUCUUCCUUAAUAUAUAUAUAUCGGUAAUUCAUAUCUCUAGAAAAGACAAAAAGAAAAUAUUUUGCCUAAACAGAUAUUAAUUUCUAAUGUUCACGUCCAUCUUAAUGUUAUCUUAGUAAGAAUCUUGUAAAACCAUCAUUACAACCUAAUAACAAUAUAAAAGCAAUAAUAAAAUUCAAAGAAGGAGAAAA